AUGUAAGAAGAAUUGUCUUACAAUCCUGAAAUUAUGAAAUCUCAAUUGAGUAUGCUUCCUCCUAUUGAAUAAUUUACACUACAAUAAUUAGCAAAUAAAAGGAAAGUUAAUUUUAACAUGAUGCUCUCCUUACCGGUUAAUUAUUAAAAGUUUAUUUGUAGUUUUUAUUAAAGGAUAAAGCAUUGGAAGACAGAAAAGAUACUAUAGCAAUAUAUAGAAAGAGAAAAUUUGAGCCUUUAAUACCUUAGAAACAUAAUAUUCCACUUAUUAAUAGUGGCAGAAUUCACUGUACUGAGUUUUGGUCUGAUAAAUAUUAAACAACAGCCUUACGUGAUUCACAUAUUGAAAAUAAUCUAAAUAAGUAUAAAUAAAUAAUCAAAACUAAUAUUCAAGAAUAUUUAGUUAAAUUUGAAAUUCAAGCUAAAGAAUAAUUAGAAGAAGCACGCAAGUAUUAUUAAAUGAAAUUAAUUAAGUAUCAAAUAUUAGGAAAUUUUCAAAAAAUAACCUUCAAUUUCUGAAGAUGAUUUUGCACCCACAAUGAAUGAAUUAAAUGUAAGUCAAUGUACAUAGGAUGAAAUAUUUAAUUUCUAUAGAGAACCAAAGAAAUAUAAUUUAUCUUAACUGCCAAAAACUAGUUUACGUAAUCUAGAUAAGAUUACUAGUACUAGUUAAAAAUAGAGUUUUAUAGAGAAAUUUGAUAAAGUUAUUAGUGUUUGUGAUCGAUAUUCCAUCAACUCCAAUAGACAUUCUCUAAAUAAUAUUAAGUAUGAUAAUUUUAAUAUAAUAAAGUACAAUUGGAUUUGGUAACAUUAAGAAGAGAAAAAGAAAUAUUCUUGACAGCAAAACAAGUAGAACUAAUAUUAAUUGA